ACGAGAGUCCGCGAGUCGGUGCGUGUCAGUCCGUGCGUGUGCUUUACCUAAUAAUAUUUCCAACGCGGCUAGUCCCGCGCGCUCUCGCCUCUUUUUUCGUCUGACAGCCAACACGCAUCUCGCCGCCCUCUCCUCUCUCUCUUUCUUUCUCUCUCUCUCUCUCUCACUCUCUCACUCUUUCUCUCUCUCUAUCUUUUCUUCACAUUGCUAUAUGUAUGCGUAUAUCUCUCUUUCUCGCUCUUCUUUGUUAGGAUUUAGACGUUUGAAGGUAUACCAAAGCUCUUCGCAUCGCGUCGCGCCGCGCCGCGUUGAGUCGUCGGGACUACCCUCCUCCGUCCCGGUCUUCGACGGAUCUCUCACGAAAGUGAGAGAGGAGAAGAAUCACGCUGCAGAGCAGCACGUGUGCUGCACUCGCGUGGAUCGGUAAGCGCGGUGCGGUUAAAUAGUCAUCGGCUCUCACCACCGUCGAGAGCCCGUCGCGCGCGACAACCGAUGCGAAAGUCGUUCUGCCACCCUCGACGGACUUACCGGUGAACGUUUAUAGCGCGCGACAGCCGCGAGAGUGAAGGGGUGUCCUCGCGAGCAAGUAUCGGCCACGAUUUCGGUUGGAGCAAUAGAUCGGAGUAAAGAAUCUCGGAGUGUCGGAUCUCGCGCAAGUGACAGCGACGGACCCUGCGACUCACCUCCGGGGACUGUGAUUCGUAUAUGCGAGGUGCAACGAAAGUAGGAAUCAGCUAACGGAUUCGCAGUGGUGCCUUCGUCGAACGAAGACGUCGGAGGGAGGACGGACACCGUCGGCCGUCGGCAGCUCUUGUGAACGAGAAGUGUUUAAAGGCCCGAAGAUUCUGCCUUCGCAGCAAUUGGGCGCUGCGGUCGCUCCAUGGCCGGGCGCAACCGGCCUCAUAGCUUCGGUCACUGCUGACGACAUGGCACACAAAGGACACAGCGGGGUAAACCAGCUGGGGGGUGUCUUCGUCGGCGGUCGGCCACUUCCGGACUCAACACGGCAAAAGAUCGUCGAGCUUGCACAUUCGGGCGCACGGCCAUGUGAUAUCUCCAGGAUACUACAGGUCAGCAACGGCUGUGUCUCCAAGAUCCUCGGCAGUAGGUACUAUGAGACCGGAUCUAUAAGGCCCAGGGCCAUAGGCGGCAGCAAACCGCGCGUGGCAACGGCAGAGGUCGUCAGUAAGAUCUCGCUCUACAAAAGUGAGUGCCCGUCCAUCUUCGCGUGGGAGAUUCGAGAUCGCUUGUUGCAGGAGGGAGUGUGCACGAACGACAACAUCCCAAGUGUGUCCUCGAUCAACAGGGUACUGAGGAAUCUGGCCGCGCAGAAGGAGCAGAGGCAGCAGCAACAACAGCAGCAACAAGGGGUGGGCGCUGUGGGGGUUGGCGUCGGUGCCGGCAGUCCGGCGGAGAGCGUUUACGAUAAACUCAGGCUACUAAACGGACAGACUACUGGCUGGCCGCGACCCAAUCCCUGGUAUCCGUCGAGCGCGGGAAGUCCGUUUUCGUCGAUACAAUCUAGUUUGAGUCCGAGCCAUUGUUCAUCUCUGCCACCGGAUCCAGCGGAUAUAUUGCACGCGAAGAAAGUAACCGAGCUCGAGGGUGGCGCGCACUCGGACGAGACGAAUAGCGGUGGUGACAACAGCAACGCUGGCAGCGUGUCAGGCGGCGCCGAUGACGAUCAGGCGCGUCUUCGCCUAAAGAGGAAACUGCAAAGGAAUCGCACGAGCUUCAGCAACGAGCAGAUCGACGCGCUCGAGAAGGAGUUCGAGAGAACGCAUUACCCGGACGUAUUCGCCAGGGAAAGACUUGCCGGCAAGAUCGGCCUACCGGAAGCGCGAAUACAGGUCUGGUUUUCGAAUCGGCGGGCCAAGUGGCGGCGCGAGGAGAAAUUGCGCACGCAACGGAGGGAUAAUCCACCACCGCCACCGCAGCAGCAGCAGCAACAGCAACAACAGCAACAACAACACACUGCCGGCGUGAGUCUAGUGGGUGCUGGCCAUCCGACGCCGCCGCCACCCUCGGGGAUACUCGGGGGCCAGCCGCCUCCACAAGCACCACCCUCACCACCUAGAAUACAUCAUGGGUUUGCGCCCACCGCUGUGUACCCCGGAAUACCCAGCAUGCCUGAUUCGUACAGCCCGAUGACGUCGAUGCCGAGUUUCACGAUGUCGGGCGCCAGCCAACAGAAUCAGCACACGACGAGUAGCAUGUCCUCGCUAUCCACCGGGGGUGGCAUGAGCCCGAUGGGUAUGACCGUGGGUAUGACCGUCGGACCGAGUCCUGGCGCGUGCCUCCAACAACGGGAUAAUGGCUAUUCGUGUGGAGUCGCGAGACCACCGAGCUACGAGCCCCUUCACCUUGGUUACGGUGCCAGGCCAACCUGCAGCCCUACGCAGCCCUAUCACGCGGCGAGCCUCAAUCAGUACAAUCAAAACGCCAGCUCGACCGGUCUAAUAUCACCUGGCGUGAGUGUGCCGAUCGCGGUACCAGGUCAACCGGCACCCGAUAUGGCGGCGCAAUAUUGGUCACCGAGGCUGCAGUGACCGUGGUGGUCGUCGAUGUCGACCUCAUCUCCGUAGACUUGAGCUUCUUCAUCUUUCUAGCUUACCGUGUCGCGCACGAGAAAAUGACACACGGUCACGCGAUCGUGAAGCGUCAAGUCUCCGGAAAUCCACAUGUUAUGGUCGAUCAUGCGUGCGACUGUUCCGUAGUAUAAUAUAAAUUAAAUCGAAGUGGGCUAUCACACCCGUACGUCUCGUUCAAGCCAAAGUUCCAUGUGGAAACGAGUUUGAUCUGUCCGUAUUCGCGUCCGCUCUAUUCUCGUUUUUUAUCUUAUUUUAUUUUAUUUUUUAUCAGACGAGUGCAUUAUUUCGGAAAAUUUCGAGAAAACGUCAUUGCGAAUUCGCUGGCGCUUACUAAUGAAGAUCAUCCGAAGCACAAAGAUCUCAGUUUAUUCUGUCACUUCCGGUGAGGACGAGGAACUAGAUUCAUAACUGAAUGGCUCUGGCGCUCUCCGUUUGUGUAAAUUAACAACAAAUCUACAGUGUAGUACUCGUGUAAUUACAAUAUAAGCCCAGCAAACGAGAAAUUAUUGAAAAAUAUUGAAAAUUAUUUAUUAAAAUGAUGUCGAAUCAAGUUUUUGAAUUUUUUAAAUCUAUUUUCUAUCCAAGAUAUAAGAAGAUAAUCUGGUUGAAUGAUAUGGUAAUUACGUAUUGGUAAUUUACUUUUAAUAUUUUAUUCAAUGUUCAUCGCAAUGAAUGUGCAAUUAAUUCGUUUGAAUUUAAUUAAUAAUAUAAUUCGGUUGAAAAAUUGUCUAAUAUGGGAGAUUCACCAACUGCUAGUCACUGAUCUCGGCAAAUGAUAUCGUUGAAAAACACGCAUAGAGGUGAUAUACAUAAGUCAUUGCCUCCCAAACAAAAACCCCGGUGUGAUAUACAGUGUAACAUUGCGGAUCAACGGCGACAAGAUAAUUUCUAGACAUAAUCCUGGCCACGAUGGCAGGUUAUAUCCGGGAGUCGCCCUGUUGCUGUGAAUCCGUAAUGUUUUAUACCUGUAUAUAAUACUAGAGCUCAUUCAGGAAGAAACGAUUCAUAUAUCUGUGAUCACCUUGGUGCAUACUUUCCAAUGAUAAAUCACUUUCUGAAAUCGUGAGUCUAGCAUUUCAUUUCUGAAUCCAUGUGAAUCCACUAGAGUUCACAUUAUAUUUAUCUUAUUAUAUUUAUCUAGACGCAUAGAAAACGGAUUCAGUGUAUUCAGUCUCUACAAAAUUCAAUACCUUUUUCGCGGAUAAUACGAAUUCGAAAACUUGAUUCAUACGGAUUUAUACAAUCCAAUCCGUUCUCGUUUGCUGGGAGAUGCGGCAUUGAGUUUACAGGCGGAUUAAUUGACCUCUGUGUAUAAUCGUGUUUUAUCGCCGUCAAAUCGAAUUUCCGUGUCCCAUGCUGAAUAAAAUCGAUAUCUUCGCUAUUGCGAUACAUUUGCUAUUGCGACACUUAUCGAUCAUGUCCUUCAUUGUUAUCAUAGACGAAUGACUAAUGCUGCUUUCCUACACUUUCACUAACGGUGUUUGGUAUCGUAAUGUGCGAAGAGACACUCUCCUCUUUAUUUCGAUGUUAUACCAGAAUGUAAGUCAUAGAAACACACAAUCGUUGUUAGACGUAUUAAUACGCCAAUCUGUGACAAUCCGUGAUUUUCAUAUGACAUAAUACAUGAAUGAUCGGCAAGGUGGAAAAAUCUCUCAAAGCAUCAUCUGCAUAUGUACACCUUUGUAAGCUCGCUUUUAAUUCAUACAAUUAUAUCUCCGAGCCGAGAUAUCUUUGAAAUAGAACUGAUGAACAAGGUGAGACGCGGUAGAAUAAAAAAAAAAGAAAGAAAAAGAAUACGAAUCGUCGGCAAUGUGCAACUCGUGUAAAAAUAAUUAGCGCGAAGAUUUAAGAGGAAAAGAAUCGCUCUCGAGGAUUUCCGCGGAGAGUUUUUAUUCGCAACGUUUCGUAGGUGUAACUCCUAUAAACAGGAAGAGAAGAAAUAAAAUAGUUUCUAAGUCGA